ACAAGCCAACGACCACGGCCUCUCUUCAGACGCGCUGAUGCCCAGAAAGGAUGAGGCUACAUCAAGCACUUGAUCACCUCAAUCAAACUGAUUACAAGAGAUACUCCCUACCCCCAUGGACUGAGAUCGUGGAUGAGGUGAAGUCAUUGAGUAAAAUUUCAGGUCCCACAGCACUAACAGGUGUGGUUCUCUAUUCAAGAGCCAUGAUCACCAUGCUUUUCAUUGGUUAUCUGGGUGAGUUGGAGCUCGCAGCUGUUUCUCUUUCCAUUGGCUUUGCCAACAUCACGGGCUACUCUAUCAUCACUGGCUUGUCCAUGGGAAUGGAGCCGAUUUGUGGGCAAGCUUUUGGAGCUAAGAGGUGGAGUCUCCUGGUUGUCACACUACAAAGGACAGUAGUAAUCCUGCUAUUCUCUUGUUUGCCUCUAAUUUUCUUAUGGCUAAGCAUGGAAAGGUUAUUGCUCUGGUGUGGCCAAGACCCCAUGGUCACCUCCAUGGCCUCAACCUACCUGGCUUAUUCCAUUCCUGAUCUCUUCGCUCAAUCCCUUCUGCACCCACUCAGGAUCUACUUAAGGACACAAGGGAUAACUCUCCCCCUUGCCACCUGUGCCACAAUUGCUCUGAUCCUACACAUACCCAUAAACUUUGUACUAGUGAUAAGCAUGAACAUGGGCAUAAAGGGAGCUGCGCUUGCAUCUGUCUGGACGAGUUACAAUCUUGUUCUGAUGUUAUUUCUGUACGUCUGCUUCUGGGGUUCACAUAAAAUGACGUUCCGAGGGGUGACACUAGAGUGCCUUACUGGGUGGAAGACCAUAUUGGGGCUGGCGAUCCCAAGUUGUUUCUCAGUCUGUUUGGAGUGGUGGUGGUAUGAAUUCAUGAUUAUCUUAUGUGGGUUGCUCUCAGAUCCUAAGCCAAAGGUUGCAGCCAUGGGGGUAUUAAUACAAACAACUUCUCUGCUUUAUAUAAUGCCUUCAUCCAUCAGCUUCGGGGUGUCUACUAGAGUGAGUAAUGAACUGGGUGCUAACAUGCCUUGGAAAGCUAGAAGAGUCAUGAUUGUUGCUCUACUCCUGUCGUCCUUCUUUGGUUUUCUCUCAAUGACAUUUGCAACUGGGGUCAGCUCCAUAUGGGGGAAGAUGUUUACAGAUGAUAGUGAAAUUCUUGACUUAACCAGCACGGUUUUGCCCAUCAUAGGCCUCUGCGAGCUCUUCAAUUGCCCACAGACGACUGGUUGUGGAGUCCUGAGGGGAUGUGCCAGGCCCAGACUAGGAGCUAAUAUAAACUUUGCUGCAUUUUAUCUCUUGGGAAUGCCUCUGGCCAUCUUGUUAGCUUUCCGCCUUGGUUUUGGGUUCUUGGGGCUGUGGUUAGGACUGUUGGCAGCUGAGGCUUGUUGUCUGUUAUCAAUGGUGUAUUUUCUCCUUCAAACUGAUUGGUUUCAGGAAGCUGAUAGAGCUUGGAAAUUGACUGGGGUUGAUGACGACCAUCUGGUUCUACAUAGCGAAGCACACCAUCAACAGAUCCUUGUAACAGUCUAACCGGUUCGGUUUUUUAUUAGAUAUAUAUGGAUUAUUUGCGUCUUUGGUUGAAACAUUGAAAGAGUUGGAUAUAAAUAUUCUGGUUUUUGACUGAUGAGAACAUUGACUCUCAG